AUCUUUCUAGCAUCUUUUGAGCCCCUCCCCUCUUUUUUUGACCAAGACAACCAACUGCAAUGGAGAUAUUCAAGCUGAGUUUGCUGCUACUGACAUGCUACUUGUUACCACACCACGUUGCAGCCAUGCCAGAUGGUCCUCCUGCCAGGGCAUGUACUUCUCUUCGUCCAGAACAUCCUGAAACAGAGCAGACUGGUCCAUCCUUAGUGCAGUUGGAUGGUAUAGGGGCAAUGUAUGAGCCAGGAAACACCUUUCAGUUCACCAUCUCCAGACCUACUGUCCCAUUCAAAGGCUUUAUGAUUCAAGCCAGGGCGUCUGAAUUUGGAUUUCCAUUCGGUAUUUUUAUAGAGCAAAACGAUGGGAAACAGAGAACAAUGCAGUGCCAGGCAGCUGAUGAUACCCUUUCUCACAUGAACAACGAGACUGUAACAUCUGUUGCAGUACAGUGGAGAGCUGACAAUAUUGAUGCAGGCAUCCCUAGCUUUAACUUCUACUACAGUAUUGUUCAGAACACCAAUACCUACUGGGUGAGGAUCACCUCCGAUCCAAUCCAAGUGAUGCGCCCGACCACUCCCCCUCCUCCUGUUGCCGAGGGGGAUGUCAACUAUCAGCUGGUCAAAGUUCACGGUGCUAUGAUGAUUGCAGCUUGGGGGCUGCUAGCUCCUGUCGGAAUUUUAAUGGCCAUUUUCUACAAAGUCGUAUGGCCCUCUGGAGAAUGGUUCUAUUCCCACAUAGGCAUCAUGGUGGGUGCGCUGGUUUUGACAAUUGUGGGACUAAUCGUGAUCAUUGUCCACGCAGGAGGGGCCUGGCUGACAACCACGCCGGCCAACGUUCCUCAUCAGAUCAUGGGUAUUAUAGUGUGCAUUGCUGUAGGAGUGAACCCUAUCCUGGCCAUAAUUCGCUGCGAUCCCAACAACGAAUGGCGUUCUGUUUUCAACUGGACACAUGGCACGAUCGGACUUAUUGCCGGGGAAGGAGCGGCUUUGGCUGCAAUGAUGCUGGGACUCCAUGCAUUCCAAGAGUUGCCUGGAGUGUACAGGGACAGAGUGCAUGCUGCCAUUUACAUGAUGUCUGGGGUGGUGGGUGUAUUUGUCAUGGUGCUGGCGUCAUACAAUCUCUACGACAUCAUGUUCAGGAAAUACCUCUCCCUGGAUCCUGAUGAGAUGGGCACCUCCUCCUCUGUGCCUGGUAAUAUACCGGACAAACCUUUUUACUCACGGAGCAACGAUGAGGAAGAGACUGAACCCUCCAGGGAUUAUCCCCUACGAGCUGGCCUUGGGAUUGGAAUAAUCGUGGCCCUACUGCUGCUAGUAUUCGCUACCAUUGGACUCGUAGGAUCUGCAUGAACAACGCAUUGCGCAUGCACUAUAGCCACACAACGAACCAUCGUAUAUACACAUACAGUAUCGCAUUUUUAGAGUUACACGCAGUAUACAUCCUUUUUACAGUACAUUAGCUCAUGUUAUUUCGUUAUGGGCAGUCACUGUUUCUGUUCUGUCAAUAGACGUAUAGUUUAUUCAUAUUAACACACGAAAACGA